UAGGUUUCACCACCCUGGUGCUCAACAAAACAUCAAUUUGACAAGAAGAAUCACUAGAAAUUCUGGUCACAAAAAUAGAAUUGUGUCGACUUCCGUUGUGUUAUAAAAUGCGUACAAGCCUCGAAAAAUCGCGUCAUUCUCCACAAUGCACGUACGUCAGGUUGUUUAAUACGUAAACGGAACUUCCCGAGAAACCACAAAGGCUUUUUGAAUCGAAAAAAUGGGUUCGCCGUCGAUCCCGGCGCUUCUGGUGACGGCAAACGUAGGCUCGAUAUUUGAAGACCCCUCUGAAAUGCUCAAGAUCUGGACGGAGGAGUUUCUCUCCACUGUCACCAAGCUCGACCCGAAAUUUAUCGCGCUCCACUGCCAGGAAGUCGGCGGGAAAAACUACGAGAACAGCAUGAAGCACGUCGAGCACUUCGUGAAGUUGCUCAUGUCCAGCAACGAGCUGAGGCUUUUUGACAAGAUCCGGAUAUUUCUAGAUGAGGAUUACAGCUCUGCGGAAAAUUUCACUGCUUUGGGUAAUCUCUAUUUCAUUCACGAAUCCGUUGAGAACGUCCUCAUUUGGGACUUUAACGACGUGAAAUUCGUUCCAGUCAGCGAUAAACUGGUCCACUCGGGCAAUAUCGAGGCCAUCGCCACCAAAGAAAAGGCCAAGUUCCCCCAGGACUUCUUCCCCGAGUGCAAAUGGUCCCGAAAAGGGUUCCUCCGCACGCGUUGGUCCCUCAACGGGACCGUUCUGGACCUAGUCAACAUCCACUUGUUCCACGACGCCUCCAACUUCAUCGCCAUGGAGAGCUACCCUUCCGUCUACUGCAAAAACCGGCGCCGCGCCCUUGAACACACCCUUCAGAGAUUCCAUAACGAUCGUUACGGCAAAGCCCCGUACUUCGUUUUCGGCGAUUUUAACUUCAGGACGGACACGGAGGGCGUUAUUAAAAAAUUGACAGAAGGGCUAACAACCACAAGACUCCAAAACAACAAGAACAAUGAUUACACGAAGCUCCAGUUCGCCAACGAGGACAGUCAGCUGGUCCUAACCGUUGGCAAAAAGGAGUUCAACCAUUUGGACCACCAGAAGGUUUUCCUCACGCCGUCUCCCACUUGGUUGAAAACGUUCGAUAAGGAGUUGGAGGCGUUUGAGAAGUACCUCACCGAGUAUCCCAUCACCUUCCCGCCGUCCUACCCAUUUGAGGAGAAUGUGUCGCACGCUCGGAGUUACAUGCAGACGAGGUGUCCGGCCUGGUGCGAUCGUGUUUUGUUAAGUCACACGGCGAAGCAAUUGGUUGACGAGGAUGAGAAGGUUGAGUACGGACUUAUGGGCUUGGAUACGUGCAUGGGUGACCAUAAGCCGGUCUAUCUCCGUGUGGAGCUGAAAUCGAACUCAGGUACAGUUAAGUGUUGCGAGCACGCCCCUUACGAAUGCUUGCCUGCUACUUGCCAGUGUUGCCAAACAUUCGCUUCCGUAACGAUAAACAUAGUAGACAUGUGCGAUUAUAGCCGAAAGAGCUACCCGAACGUAGCAAUCGACUCGCAACUGCUGCACGAACCAAUCACACGCGACAUGCUCUUGCACGAACCGUACACGCCGGAAAGUGCCGAAUCGCGUUCGCCGAUGCCCGAAGAGAAAGACAAAGACGAAGCGGAGCCGGUGUCGGCCGCUCAGCUAAAGCGACGACUCGAGUAUAUCUUGAGCCUGGAGCGUAAGUUUCCGAUGACACGAUCGGAGUCGGCGAACGUCGAGAUGCGCGCCUCCAACGGGACUUUUUUCAGGAACAGGGCCAUGUCUGAGGUGCCCCGAAUGAGGCGCAUGCGGCUGAUCUCGACGACGAGCGCGAGCUCGAUACACCGGUUUCAGAGCCACCACAGCUCCUCGGACGAGGACUGGUACGAGUACGAGGAAGAGACGGGGAGCAAGUGCAGCAGCGAGGGGCGGAAGUCGGACAUUUUCGAGGAGAUACGGCCGGAAAAGGCAACGAAGUUUAAGGAUCGCAGGCGGAAUCGAAUGAAUUGUUGUAGUGUGGUGUGAUGGCAUUGCUCGUGGCUGUUGUUGUUUAGUGCUUGUGUUUGGAAGUGCACGCUUUGAUUUUAAUUUUUUUUGGUUUUAGAUGUUUUUUGAUUGCUCAAUUGUUGAUUAUUUGUUAACGAUGUUGUUUCUGAAACAGGCCUGACCUUAAGUGCGACGAAUAGUUUAAAAAUUACGGACACUAAAGUGACCAAAGUUCAGGACAAAGUGGAUCCAUGCACGAGAUACAUUUACAUCCAGAGUAUCGAUAAUCCCGUCAAAAUCUUUAGAGAAACUGCCGU